AUGCAUGAGGGAACCGGUAGCAAACGGUUCCGCGAUUUCAACCUCGAAGGGGGCGUCUUCAUCGUCACUGGCGGCGCCCAAGGCCUCGGUCUGGUGAUGGCCGAGGCGCUUGUGGAGGCCGGCGCAGAAGUCCAUUGCCUGGAUCGGCAACCCGAGCCCGAUGAUGAGUUCACCGUCGCGCACGAGCGCAUCGAGAAAGAAUACGGUGGAAGUCUGCACUACAGCCAAGUGGACGUGCGAGACGUCAAAAACCUCGACGAGACCAUCGGCAGGAUUGCCGCGCGGAAAGAACGCCUGGAUGGGCUGAUUGCCGCCGCUGGGGUACAGCAGAUCACGAAGGCAGUGGACUAUACCUUUGAAGAUGCGCAGAAGAUGUUGGCGAUCAAUUACACGGGCCUAUUCAUGACGGCGACGUCGGUGGCCCGAGCGAUGAUGAAGUACAAGUGCCGCGGGCGCAUCUGUCUCAUCGCCAGCAUGUCUGGUCUGAUCGCAAACAAAGGGCUGAUAACGCCUGUCUACAACAGUUCAAAAGCAGCGGUCAUCCAGCUUUCGCGCUGCCUAGCGAUGGAGUGGGGGAAGAUCAAGGAAGAUGGGACUGGUGGAAUCCGAGUGAAUUGUCUGAGCCCGGGACAUAUCAUCACACCGAUGGUGGAGAAGAACUUCGAGGAGGUGCCGGGUCUGAAAGAAAAGUGGGAGUCGGAGAAUAUGAUGGGACGUCUGAGUCAACCAGAGGAGUUCAAGAGCGCCGGACUGUUUCUCUUGAGCAAUGCAAGUAGUUUUAUGACUGGGCAGAACUUGGUUAUUGAUGGAGGCCAUACGGCUUGGUAG